UUUAACAUUUUGAGAUAAGGUAGCGAAUCGACUUCUAUUAGUAGCGAAUCGACUUCUAUUAAGUAGUGAAUCGACCUUUUAGGUAAGUAGYGAAAGUGCAAGGUAGAGAAAAGACCAGUUACCCUUUUUGUGGCCUAUGUGCCUUAAACAAUGCUUUGUGUUUGCCGCCAGGAAGUCUACCAGUAUUCAGCAUACAUGACCUUGACCUUGCUGCUGACAUCAUGUGGCUAAAGCAAGUGACUGUUGCUCCAACCUUUUCAAUACUUCUUGAGCCAACACACUGUUUGGAUGGGGACAACAGCAUCAUGGCCAUGGAACAAGCAGCUUCAAUGAAAAAUAUGACUUUUCGAAGGUUGGAUGCUGCUGUGUGAGCUCUUACAGAUGGAGUUAACAUUGCUGGUUUAAACAGUACAGAUUUUGGAGAGUUAUAUAAGCUCUUUAUACACACAUUUGAUGACUGUGACAAACCUUCCUUGAUAAUGCAGAUGAAGCAGCAUCAUUUUGUGACRUUUAUUUUCAAUGGAGAUAAGGUUAUACUCCUUAAUAGCCGUCGAAAUGCACCCAUCCAGUUGUCACCUCUAAAGGGGAUGCUUUUUCUUCAGAGAGAAAGUCAGAAUAACACACUGUUUGCUGCUGUCAAUAUCGAAAAAGCUGGAACCAAGUGCAAUCCAGUUGUAACCAAUGAAUUACCUUGUACCCCAACAGCAAAAGACUUCCAAAGUAGUCUUCAAGAAAUUUGGAGAGAUGACAGCAUUUGUGAUGACACCAUUAUCUCGGAUAGACACGGGAAUAUCACAGCAAAAGAUAUUAGAUCUUUAAAAACAGGCUGCUUGGUAAAUGAUGAGGUCUUCAACUACAUAGGCAAUUUCUUGAUGUCUGAAAGGCAAGGUUUGUUUGUGGCCAGUACAUUUUGGAUGUCAGGUCAAAAUCAAGGAGUGUUAAAGAAGCUUCAGGAUUGCAACCUUCAUCACAUCAGGAAGUUCAUAUUUCCUAUACAUUGCCCUGGGCACUGGUGGUGUGUCAUGAUUGACACUGCUACAAAGAUGUAUGGGGAGUAUGAUUCUUUAUGCAGAGACAGAAACAGCCCUUAUGUAUUUCAAUUGCUGAGCACCAUGUUCUCUGAAGUAGGAAUACACUUGAAGUCCUUUAGAAAACUUACUACAGAUGAGAGGAGCCAGAUUCCAUCUCAAGGCUUGAACUGUACAGAUUGUGGGGUGUACCUUCUUUGCUUUAUGUCUUGUUUUGCUUCAGGUGUUCCCAUACAUUUCAAGGUUCCCUGCAUGACAUCAAUUAGGGAAGCAUUUGGCCAGAUCAUAUUGAAUGGCAGGCCAUCUUUACAUCAAAUUCCAGUCUCUGCGGUAUCUGAGAACAUCACAAGUGCCACAAYCACAUGUACAGUAACCUGUAACACCAAUGCUUCUCUUAGAAGCAUAGAAGAUUCUUGCCAUGAUAUAGAUGAGACAGAUGAAGAUGUCAUUUUCAAAGUUGAUCAAUUACUGUAACCCUUUUCUCCGGACAUUUCAACUUCACAUGAAACAGUUAAAAUACAAUGUCAAGAGGAUGAAGACAUCGAAUACAAAUUGUAUGACCUUCUAAGACCCCCUCAAGAUGCAACAGAAGAUAUUGAAAGCCUGGAGGCAAUGUACCAAGACAGCUUCCCCUCUUGCUUCUUUUUAGGUCUUUCAGGUGAUAUAAAUCGUUACCUUUAUGAAAGGCCAAAAAAGAGAUUUCCCAAAGGAAGCUAUCAUGCCCUCAUACCUCGGCAUGAAAUGAACAAACUUGAUUCUUGGCGAAAAGCUCACCAUAAAAAGACAAGGGGGAGAUUCCAGUUCURUCAAUGGAAUAUAACAUUCGAAAAGUGGCUUGACAAUGAACAUGAAAAGAGGGAAGAGCUUUUAGCAAGAUGUGACAGACAUGGAUGGCUGCCAUUGGAUCUCAAAGAAUCUUUUCAAUAUCAGCGCUGGUACCAGUCAACAUGGGAAUCACUGAAGUCCAAGUACCAACAAUGAAUUAAAAGUGCCAUUUCAAUUUCAAGUACCACUAAUCUUCUAUUCUUCUAUAAUUCCUGUAAACAGCUGUCCGGGUACCUUGAUCAAACCUAAUUAUAGCACCUUCUUGAAUAAGGAUCACCGAGAAUCAGGGGAGUAAACCCCUGCACAGAAAAUCACCAAGAAUCAGGGGAGUAAACCCCUGCACAGAAAAUCACCAAGAA